AGGCUACGGGCAUCUUUUUACUGCAGCCUUCUUUUCCGAGAUAAAAGACGAAUGUCUUUUGCUAGUCACGAAAUGGUGUUGAAGAGCUAAUACAACCGGGGCAAUGUGAGAAGUCAUAGCGCUCAACCUUGACCACGUCGAUGAAGGUGGGCGGCAAGCAUUCCGUAAACGAACUUGUGCAGAAGUACAGUUCUUCACAACAGGCAUGAUGGGGGCCAUGGAGCUGCGCCUCACACCAAGACAUCACCCCAUAUCUUGACAUGGAUUGCGACCUAUGAAAGAUACAUCCCUACGACCUCUCGUGACCCGGAGAAGGAUGCAAUGCGCCCAGCACGAGGCUGUACUUCGUCUGAUCGUGGUACGCAGAGGAAAGCGCAACAUAUGUAUUCACCAUGCGCGCCUUCAACAGGCGCGUCGUUCAUGCGCUCCUUAUAGCCCAUUAAUACAGCCUUGCGACUAACAUUGGAAAAGUCAAGAUGUCGACAGCAAACGGUGAAUGGUCUUUGUAUCCUUACCAUCCCAACAUUCCGGCCUCCAUCUUCUUCACGGCUCUUUUAACUCUCCUGGCCUUCGCCCAGAUAUACCAGUCAUUCUUCAGAUAUCAAUGGAAGCUGUUCGGUACAACUAUGCUGUGGGCAACCUCCGUCUGGAUAGCCGGUUUCAUCUGCCGUACCAUCUCCAGCUACCAUCAACAAAACAUCAGCUUGUUCAUCGCUCAAUUCGUGCUGGUUAUCAUGGGCCCGCCUCUGUACGCCGCAGCCGAGUAUUUCAUCCUUGGCCGCUUGAUCGAUUAUCUACCGUACCAUGCUCCUAUUCAUCCAGGACGAGUAUUCAGUACCUUCGCCUUCCUCAGUGUGUGCGUCGAAACAAUAACAGCUAAUGGAGCGUCACACGCUGCCAGCCCGAAUCAGACUCUGGCACAGCACAAGGCGGGACUGACCUGUAUUGCGGUGGGUCUACUCCUGCAAGCCUGCGUCGAAGUGGUGUUCUUGUCACUUGCCUUGACCUUGUACCGGCGGGCUCGACGUGCCAAUACCCUGCCAAAGCGCAUUCUUCCGGUCUUCUACGUCCUUGGGAUUACAAGUGCCAUGAUGCUGGUCCGCUGCAUAAUCCGCGCCAUUGAAGCUUUCGAAACGCUGAGCUGCAACGUGGGUGGCAGUGACCCUUAUUGCGGGUACGUGUCACGGCACGAAUGGGUCUUUUGGAUAUUCGAGACGUCGAACAUUACGCUGUUCGUCAUACUGCUUGCGAUCUUCCAUCCAGGGAAGUAUCUACCAGGAAAUCACAAGGUCUUCCUCGACCCUACAGAUAGGACCACCGAGCGCCUCGGACCGGGGUUCGGCAAAGCUGACAAGCGGUCUUUCAUCAUGACACUGAUUGACCCUUUCAACUUCAGCGGCAUCAUCUCGGGGAGAGGGUUUGCGCAACAAAGGUUCUGGGAGGCCGAUCAGCCGGUGUACAACGGCCACGAACUUCGGCCAAUGAAAGGAGGCGCUAGUGCAUCUGUAGAGGCAGCUUAAGUGAAACCUGACGCAUUGUUUGGAAUGUGCAAAGGUGGAACAGUCGGCAUGCGUCGGGCGGCCAAAGUCAACGACGGCGGCCCUGCUCCAACGAUGGGUUGGCGAGCACCAACACCGGAGGGACUGGAUGCAUUUAAGCAUUCAAGAAUCAUCAUCCCACGCAUACCUAGAUUGUUAGCGAGAUAGGGGAGAGUUAGGCAACCCUCGUGCAUGCUCGAAGUCAAGACAGCUGCGCAUUACAUACAGAAGGAGGGACUACCAACGUGCUAAGGUGUCCUCCGGUCCGCAAGCGUCUUUUGGUUCGCUGAAUGUUGGCGCGGGCCUAUGUGCUUCUGGGCCGUUACGAUGUCUCAGUCCUGGUCAGUGCAUCGAAAAUCGUGCGGCGACCGAAUGCCAGCGAUUGCAUUGUCUCAGAACUACAGGCUCCAUAGGUGUUGUUGAUAUGUCUAGGACUAAACCAUACUUUGUCU